GCUCCUGCCGAGAGCUCCACGCGAGCUCUCCCCAAGCUCCGUCGCCAUGGCGAAAAACACAUGCAAGCUCUGCUCCCGCCGCUUCGCCAGCCCCCGUGCCCUUGCCGGACAUAUGCGCUCGCACUCCAUCGCUGCAUCCCAGGCGGCGGCGGCGGCGGCGGCCGUGAAGCAGCAGAUCUCCUCGGCGUCCUCCGCGGCGACCUCCAUCGCCGCCGCCGACGAGGACUCCGGCUUCAAGAUGCCUGCUUCCACCUACGGGCUCCGGGAGAACCCAAAGCGCAGCCUUCGCGUCGCCGAUGCCGCCUUCUCGGAUCGCGAGAGCGAGGCCGAGUCCACCCCGCCGCACGCCAAGCGCGUGAACGCCGCCGCCGCCGCCUGGGGCGAGGCGGAGCCGGUGAGCUCGCUCUCGGAGGUCGCCACCCCGGAGGAGGACGUGGCGCUGUCCCUGAUGAUGCUCUCCCGCGACUCCUGGCCGUCGGCCGCGGUCGACGAGGACGACUACUACGACUACGGGAGCGACGAGGGCUACGCGCCCCCUGCUCCCCUCCCGCCGGCGCCGGCCCGUGCCCGGGCCCCGGCGGAGAAGCGGACGCAGUUCCCGUGCGUCGCGUGCAAGAAGGUGUUCCGCUCCUACCAGGCGCUGGGCGGGCACCGCGCCAGCAACGUGCGCGGCGGCCGGGGCGGGUGCUGCGCGCCCCCCGUGGCUCCCCCUCCUCUCCCGCAGCCCCAGCCGCCGGCGUCGCCAUUCCCGGAGAACCACGACGGGGACGAGGACAUGGACGCGAGGCAGCAGCCGCGCGAGUGCCCCCACUGCUACCGCGUGUUCGCCUCGGGGCAGGCGCUGGGCGGCCACAAGCGGUCCCAUGUGUGCGGCGCCGCGGCCGCGGUGGCCGCGCAGGCCUCCACCGCCACCGCCACUGCAGCCGCCUCCGCCCCUCCGUCCCCGAUCAACAGCCCCGGCAUGAUCGAUCUGAACGUGGCGCCGCCGUCCGAGGAGGUGGAGCUCUCUGCCGUGUCAGAUCCCCGCUUCAAUCCGGGCGCUUGAAGCAGCCAGCAAUCAGGCAGCAGGCGGAUUAGCGCCGUCAUUCUGGAUAACUCCAAUGCCGGAGGCGAUUCGA